CUGUCGUUUAUCUCUUAUCGUCAUCUCAUUUCUUAGCCGCCACAGCAAUGGCGGGACUGAGGCUACUCGAUGGCUCGGGACCUCUUCCUCUCAUCCCAGUCUCUCUUGGGACUCGAUGGCCUUCAGCUUCUUCAGGUGUUUUGCUGUGGAUUCUGAUUCUUAAGAGAGCAUUUGCUGAUCCGUUUGUGCUACCACUCCCUUGUCUUUGUUGAUGUUGUAGUGGAGGCUUAGGCUAUCCAUGGCUGAGUUAAGUCGUUGAAUGUGAUCUGAGUAGCAUGGAAGGUGUUAGCUUCAUGGAGCCUAUGCACUUUGCUGGAAAGCCUUUAUUUUCUUCAGAUUAUUUUCACAAAGAUAGACCUCGACAUGUGAUGACUGUUGCAACAAGAAUCACAUCAGUAAAGGCAGAGCCAUUAAAUGAAGACCAGUUAGAAGUUAGUUCCACAGAUAAAGUUGUUAGCGGAGAUGAAAUACGUCAACGUUUCCUCAGAUUUUAUGCUUCAAGAGGCCAUAAGAUUAUCCCAAGCUCUUCACUUGUCCCUGAUGAUCCCACAGUUUUGCUGACCAUAGCUGGAAUGCUUCAGUUUAAACCUGUAUUCCUUGGGAAGGAACCUAGGCCAGUACCAUGCGCCACAACUGCUCAAAGAUGCAUACGUACAAAUGACAUUGAAAAUGUUGGCCGGACUGCUCGUCACCAUACCUUUUUUGAGAUGCUUGGUAAUUUCAGCUUUGGUGACUACUUCAAAAAAGAGGCAAUUGUUUGGGCUUGGGAACUUACAACUAAAGAGUUUGGUUUGCCUUCGGAGAGAUUGUGGGUUAGUAUUUUUGAAGAUGAUGAUGACGCCUUCAACAUAUGGCAUACAGAGGUUGGUGUUCCCAAAGAGCGCAUCAAGAGGAUGGGUGAAGAUGACAACUUCUGGACGAGUGGGGUAACUGGACCCUGUGGUCCUUGCUCUGAAAUUUAUUAUGAUUUCCAUCCUGAUAGAGGAUAUGUAGAUGCUGAUUUUGGAGAUGGUAGCAGGUUUAUAGAGUUAUACAAUCUGGUUUUCAUGCAAUAUAACAAGAAGGAUGAUGGAUCGCUUGAACUGUUAAAACAGAAGAAUAUAGAUACUGGAAUGGGACUGGAGCGCAUGGCACAAGUUCUUCAGAAGGUUCCCAACAACUAUGAGACUGAUCUGAUUUUCCCAAUCAUAGAGAAGGCGUCAAACUUGGCCAUGAUUUCCUAUGCCAAUGCAGAUGAUGCUACGAAGGCUAAUUUCAAAAUUAUUGGAGAUCAUAUGCGUGCUGUUGUUUAUCUCAUAUCAGAUGGGGUUGUGCCUUCAAACGUUGGAAGAGGCUAUGUUGUUAGAAGAUUGAUUAGAAGGGUUGUUCGAACUGGCAAGUUGCUUGGUAUAAAAGGUGAUGUGGAAGGGAACAUUGAAGGCGCAUUUUUACCACUACUAGCUAGGACGGUAAUUGAACUUUGCACAAAUAUUGAUCCGGAUGUGAAGACAAGGAUGCCACGAAUUCUUGAAGAGUUGAAACGGGAAGAGAUACGAUUUCUGCAGACUCUGGAGAGAGGAGAAAAGUUACUGGACCAAUUUCUGGAGAAUGCUUUAUCAAGUGGUGGUACUAAUGGAGAUGGACCUUUAUUAUCUGGAAAAGACGUAUUUCUUCUGUACGAUACUUAUGGUUUCCCAGUAGAGAUAACAGCUGAAGUUGCUGAAGAGCGUGGUGUUAAUAUAGAUUUGGAGGGUUUUGAACUUGAAAUGGAAAACCAAAGACGCCAGUCUCAGGCUGCUCAUAACGUGGUUAAGCUCACUGUUGCAAAUGAAACAGAAUUAUCUGAAAGUAUUCCUGAUACUGAAUUUUUAGGAUACAGCACCCUUUUUGCAAGUGCUGUAGUUAAAGGUCUUUUAGUGAAUGGGAACCCAGUAGCACAAGUUUCUGAAGGUUUUGAUGUAGAAAUUGUGUUGAAUAGGACACCUUUUUAUGCUGAAUCAGGUGGUCAAAUUGGAGACAAUGGAUUUUUGUAUUGCUCAAGAGAUGCAGUUGCCAGAAAGAAAACAGUUGUGGAAAUCAAGGAUGUUCAGAAGGCCCCUGGGGGCAUUUUCGUUCAUAAAGGGACUAUAAAAGAAGGUACAGUUGAGAUUGGCUCUGUAGUGGAUGCUGCAGUUGAUGCAAACUUGAGGAAAAGGGCUAGAGUUCACCAUACUGCAACACAUCUGCUACAAGCAGCUCUUAAAAAUGUCAUUGGCUCAGAGACAUCACAAGCUGGUUCAUUGGUGGCUUUUGACCGGCUUCGCUUUGAUUUCAACUUUCAUCGGCCACUCUUAGAGCAUGAAGUUCUGGAAAUUGAAAACUUGAUAAACAAUUGGAUUGGAGAUGCUACUGAUCUUCAAACUAUGGUCAUGCCCUUGGCAGAGGCCAAAAGAGCUGGUGCAAUUGCAAUGUUUGGUGAGAAGUAUGGAGAACAGGUCAGAGUAGUAGAAGUCCCUGGAGUGUCAAUGGAACUCUGUGGUGGAACACAUGUUACCAACACCUCCGAAAUCCGUGGCUUUAAAAUAAUUUCAGAGCAGGGCAUUGCUUCUGGAAUCAGGCGCAUUGAAGCCGUUGCUGGUGAAGCUUUUAUUGAAUACGUUAAUGGCCGUGAUACUCACUUGAAAAAUCUCUGUUCCAUGUUAAAAGUAAGAGCUGAAGAUGUGGCCACUCGAGUAGAUAACAUCUUGGAUGAGCUAAGAAUGUCUAGGAACGAGGUUUUGAUACUCCGAAACAAAAUGGCCAUUAUGAAAGCUUCUACUGUCAAGGACAAGGCCGUCACUGUCGGAACUUCUAAUAUCAGAUUUAUCGUUGAAAGCAUGGGUGACAUUGACUCUGAUUCACUGAAGAGUGCAGCAGAGUACUUAAUUGACUCCCUGCAAGAUCCUGCAGCUGUAGUUUUGGGAUCUUGCCCAGGUGAAGGGAAGGUGAGCUUGGUUGCAGCUUUCAGUCCCGGUGUUAUUGGUAUGGGACUUCAGGCUGGGAAGUUCAUAGGAAGCCUAGCUAAGAUAUGCGGUGGCGGUGGUGGUGGCCGGCCUAACUUUGCCCAGGCUGGUGGAAAGAAGCCCGAGAAUUUGCUCGACGCACUCCAGAAAGCUAAUUCAGAUCUCAUCGCAGCUUUCACUGAUACAAAAUAGUAGAGAUUAGGAAGAAGGCGGUUACUGUUUUGUUUGGGACAACUUUUUUUACUGUUUAAAUCAACU